CCACAACCAAGCGAACAAAAUUGGAAACCCGGAUGCGCAGGAUAAAUAAUAGCUUGUUGUCACUUGUGCUGGUUUUCCACCGAAGGUUCCCCUAUCUGGUUCACAAUGGCUUCCCACACUCCACGCGAAACCGACCGGUUACUCGGAAAUGAUGACGAUUCUGGUGCUCCACUACAGAAAUACCGUCGCCACAGGCUUAUCAACCAUCUUACCUCGGACAUUAAUCCUAACCAUGGGGACCUGAUUCUUUUGUUUUGCUACGUGAUCACUGGGCUACUCGACAGCUCCGCCGUCUUUGUCUGGGGCUCUUUCGUGAGCAUGCAGACCGGCAACACCGUCUAUCUAGGCCUCGGACUCAUGGGAGUCGAUGAGAGCAGUCGCUGGCUCAGGGCAUUAACCUCGAUCGCCAGCUUUUGCGUAGGGUCCUUCUGCUUUGCCUCUUUUCACCGACGGUUCUCUCCUCGCAGACGCUGGGUGUUGUGCCUUUCAUUUACCAUCCAGAUGCUCUGUGUAGCGACGGCUGCUACGAUUGUGACCACCCACCAAACUUCUAGGGACUCCCCUCUAACCUGGAAGGUGAUUGUUCCAUUAAUGCUGGUCGCCUUUCAGAGCAGUGGUCAGGCAGUGACGAGCCGUGCCCUGCAGUUCAAUGGUCUGACUAGCGUGGUGUUGACAAGUGUUUACUGCGACUUAUUCUCCAGUCCGGAGCUUCCACCUAUGUCGAUGUUACAUGGAGUGGAAAAUAGGCGACGUGGCGGGGCAGUGGUGUGUCUCCUGUUUGGGACGAUGCUGGGGGGGUUGUGGGCCAAGAGCAGGGUUGGACUAAUGGGGGCGUUUUGGACGGCAGUUUUGUGCAAGGCCUUUAUUGUUGUUGCCUGGUUGGUUUGGCGGGGGCAGCCGACGGAGAACCUGGAGGAUGACGAGUUGGACCAAUGACAAAUUAAUUAUUAGUUAGCAAUAUCUAAUGCUAAGGGGCUAUCCUAUCACAUCUGAUGCCCCUGACGGUAUUCCCACUCAGCCCUACUGUAGGGCUGACACGCCCCCCCCCCUUUCUUGGCUCCACUUAUCCUGCGCAAAUUAUUAUGAAAGCUCUAGCGUUGCCUUGGCUUAUAAUCUUGGCGUAAGGAGGAAUACAGAAAAAAAAAUGAAAUUGUUCAAUCACCGUCAGAAUGAAGCAGAUCGGUUUUCUUCGAACGCUGACG